AUGGACAUUGAGAAGGCCACGGACCCGGUGGAUCCAUCCGCGGAUACGCCGGAGAUUGAAGUGGGUUCCGGGUGGUGUCAUCCCCUUCGUCGUAGGUUUCGGCGAUUCUUUACCGCCAAGCAACUCUACGAGUGCCUCCGUCCAGUUUUCCAUGUCACCUACGUCCACGGACUGACCUCUUUUUACAUCAGUUGCGAUAGGAAAACCGGCAACAGGACCAUUAAGAAAACAGUUUUUGGCUACAUCAACGGCACCAUGCAUAUUGUGUUGUUUGUGUUUGCCUAUAGCCUAACGAUAUAUAACAAUUGCGAAUCGGUGGCCAGCUACUUCUUCCGAUCGCGCAUCACCUAUUUCGGGGACAUGAUGCAGAUUGUGAGUGGAUUGAUUGGAGUUACUGUCAUAUAUCUCACGGCCUUUGUACCGAAUCAUCGCUUGGAGCGGUGUCUUCAGAAGUUCCACACCAUGGAUCUGCAGCUGAAGACUGUGGGAGUGAAGAUCAUGUACAGCAAGGUGCUGCGGUUUAGCUACAUGGUCCUGGCCUCCAUGUUCCUGGUCAACGUCCUCUUCACCUGCGGCACCUUUUCGGUUCUGUACUCCUCGCAAGUGGCUCCCACCUUGGCCCUCCACUUCACCUUCCUCAUCCAGCACACGGUCAUCGCCAUCGCCAUCGCCCUCUUCUCCUGCUUCACUUAUCUGGUGGAGAUGCGGCUCGUGAUGGUCAACAAGGUCCUGAAGAAUCUAGCCCACCAAUGGGACACCCGAGCAUUGAAGGCCGUGACCCAAAAGCAACGAUCUCUCCAGUGUUUGGAUUCAUUUUCCAUGUACACUAUAGUAACCAAGGAUCCGGCUGAAAUCAUACAUGAAUCCAUGGAGAUACAUUUCCUGAUUUGCGAGGCAGCUGCCACAGCUAACAAAUACUUCACCUACCAACUGCUGACCAUUAUCUCUAUAGCUUUUCUGAUUAUCGUUUUCGAUGCCUAUUAUGUUCUGGAAACUCUACUGGGAAAAUCGAAGCGUGAGAGUAAAUUCAAAACGGUGGAGUUCGUGACGUUUUUCUCUUGUCAAAUGAUCCUGUAUCUGAUUGCCAUAAUUUCCAUUGUCGAGGGAAGUAAUCGAGCAAUCAAAAAAAGCGAGAAAACCGGAGGGAUAGUGCACUCUCUACUCAACAAAACCAAAAGUGCUGAGGUCAAGGAAAAACUUCAACAGUUUUCCAUGCAAUUGAUGCACCUCAAAAUAAACUUUACCGCCGCUGGACUCUUUAACAUCGACCGCACCUUGUAUUUUACGAUCAGCGGGGCCUUGACCACUUAUCUCAUCAUCUUGCUGCAGUUCACAUCCAAUUCCCCUAACAAUGGCUAUGGAAAUGGCAGUUCCUGUUGUGAGAUGUAUAAUAAUUUAACGAAUAGCACGGUUUAGAUGUGCUGUUUGUGUUACUAACUUAUGAAAUGCGCAAUGGAGUCCAUGG